UAUGCGUCUCUCAGGCGCAGCUCUCGUGUCACCAGGUUGUCGAGAAAUCGUGCGACCGAUUCGAAUCGGAGUUCGCAUUGCAAACUGUAGUGCUCCUGUUUUAACUGUUUUCUAAAAAAAAAAAUCAAUUUCUUCCCGUUAUUUCGUUAGCGGAUUUAUACUUUCUUUUAAGGAGGAAAAAGGCGUGUUUAUCGAGACCUGUGUGCUCGGCUCCCGUUUUUUAAAUUCUCUCUGUAAAUGUAAAGCUUGCUUCGUGUACCGAGAUUGUGGAAUGUUUAAAUAUGUACAUUCUUGAUCCAAUGACGUAACGUAGGUAUUACCUGAGAUUAAGGAUAGAAUUUAUUGCGGAUGUGUUACACAGCCACGUAUAGUCUAUAUACUCUACAUGCCUAACAAAGAUUUUCAUUAUCAUCAUUCAUUAUCGUCAUAUCUAAUUAAAAAUAUAUAAAUAUAUAUUCAUUGAUUACAUUGUGGUUUUAUCCGCGAGAUAAAUCUCUAAAAAUUCUCAAGAUAGCUGCACUAAUCUUUGUUUUUGUGUAGUAUUUUUAGAAACACACAAUUUUGAAAGAACAUCCGUUGGAACGUGUUGAAUCAUCGUUCACAAAAAAGCCCUUUUUUUGUCAGCGGGUACGAACAUUUGUGCAAAUAUUGUAUGUUUACUUGUCUAAGUACUUGAUAAGUUUGAGAGAACAUCUGGUUAAAAUAUGCUAUCAUUCCCGCCAGGUAUAACGCAGGAGAGAUCAGUUAAGUUGCGUGUGCGUUAUUGAAAUAAGUGAAAAUCCCGAUUACUUACGCCAGAAUGACAUCUGGUAUUUAUCAAACAAUUUUUAAUUAUCUGAGAAUGAGAUCUUGGCUUUGUAAGCGUAAAGGUAAAUAUACUUGCAAAAACUAUAAGCACGUAACAAUGGAACACUCAGAGUUAGUGGCAGAGAUGGUACACGUUGAAAGACUGACCACGCAAGAGCGGUUACACCUGGCGCGUCAUCGUAGACUUCAACAAUUAAAAGUGUGGAGGCAACGCGAGAAGGAAUGGCUGCGGCACCAAACUAGGCAUACGAGUAAUAAGCGUCACAUAUACUUUAGCGACAGUGUUAUGUUGUUGGAAGCCGCUGCGAGAAAUGACAUCGAUGAAGUAAGAAGGCUUUUGAAAAAGGGUGUAAAUCCUGACUCGACGAACGAAGACGGUUUGACGGCGUUGCAUCAGUGUUGCAUAGAUGACAAUGAAGAGAUGAUGAAGCUACUCAUUGAAUUUGGUGCUAACGUGAAUGCGGAAGACAGUGAGAAAUGGACACCGUUACACGCUGCUGCCACGUGUGGUCACUUGCAUUUAGUCAAAUACCUUAUUGCCAGAGGUGCGAAUUUAUUAGCCGUUAAUGCUGAUGGCAACAUGCCGUACGACAUUUGCGAAGAUGAAAAAACGUUGGAUUGUAUCGAAGGAGAGAUGGCAAGACGAGGAGUUACUCAAGAAUUAAUAGAUGAAACAAGAGCUUCAACCGAGGUUCAAAUGUUACGUGAUUUGCAAAAGAUUGCUUCUUUAGGAGGUGACCUUGAAUAUAAAGAUCAUCAAGGUGCUACGCCUCUUCAUAUAGCAGCGGCAAAUGGGUACUUACGAGUCGUGGAAUUUCUUCUUGACCAACAUGUAUCAACGGAUGUAGAGGACAAUGACAAAUGGCAACCAGUUCAUGCAGCUGCAUGUUGGGGACACUUGGAAGUACUUGAAUUAUUGGUGCAAAACGGAGCCGACCUAAAUGCCAGAAAUAAACACGAUGAAACUCCCGCGGAUAUAUGCGAAGAUCCGGAAAUUAGGGAGAGGAUAGUGGAAUUGAAAACAGAACAGGAGAGUAAACGACUUCGUGAAGCGCAAGGGCGUAGGGUACGCAGAUCGCAAAGCAUAAAUACGCGAACACAAAGCGUACGUCGAACAUCCAUUCGAGACAAAGUUCUUACUACGAAAAAAGACGCCCAGGAAGAAACUCGCUUAAGGUUACAAGCGCAACAGACGUAUGUUAGCGCUCCUACGCCUAGUAUUCCGCCAUUGGAGAACAAUACGCAGGAGGUAGGGGACCACGAGACUGAUUCCGGCGCCCUGACUUCAGCGGUGCGGAAAGGUCCCGAAGGAAAAGACAACGAGUCUUUUCUUCACGAAGAUGUUGAUAAAGAUUCAGUGACAGGGCCUGACCCACUGGUCGGCAGCCAGCCGCAGUCGCCGAUUUACUCUACGGACGCUGACACCAACGGCAAGAUCAACAUACACGUGUCCGUUGUUUUCGUGAAAUCCCUGUCGGAUCUGAAGAAGAAACGGGCGCAGAAUCGGCACAUAUCCGGCGGCUCCUUAGACGCGAACGGGAACGGCAUCCCGAUGCCGGUCUCGUCCAUCUCCAAUUCCGAUCUCAGCACCGACGAUUUCACCCAGCGCUUCACUGGGAACACCAGUGAGAUCGUGAGCGAUAAUCACUCGGAGAAGAGCUGCUGCACCGUCAUGUAAACGCGCUAAUAACACAAUCUCGUUUUCCUUGUCCUUGCCCACUGUUAUCUACGAUGUCGUCGGAGCUCACCGGAAUCUUUCGCGCACACAAACGAGAAUAUAUUCCCGCAAUUAUAUCUUCCAGUAUUUUUUCCAAGACUCAACGCUGCGUUCUUGUACUUCCGCAAUUUUUCGAGUCGCGCGUUUAAUCCGAGCCCGAGGGUCGUGAUAUUUUUUUAUUAGAUAUAUAUAUACAUAUAUACAUAUAUUUUCUUAGCACAUAUAGAGCGACAUUAUGUACAUCACAGAUAAUAACCGCGGAGGCGCGUAUCGACAGCUUUAAAAUCAAAACAGUUAUCGGUUUUGAUGUCGCACGAACGGCAUAUAUGUACUUAAAUCAUGUGACGAAACGUUUUUCCUGCGGUUCUCACGCGAAUCGCAGCGUUUGAACAAGCUCGGUAUCAACAACACCUUGUUACGAUGACUACUCAGAGCAUGUACUUAUUUGUAGAAAUUAUAUAAUUGCAUUUUUGUUUUACAACUAUCCAGCGCCUAAAGCGUUCAAGUAUUGUACAGACUUUUACUUUAUUUAUUGUUAUAUUAAAGGAAAUGUAUAGACUACUAGAAAGACAAGAGAUGUGUGUUACAACAUUCGUAGGUACUACCUAGAUUCGAGUUUUUCUAGUAUCCCCGCAAACAGGUAUAAGACUAUCAGACAUCUUCCAAUAUUUUUUAUGAGACUAGCUGUAAGGAUUGAGUGGAAACUGUUUUUUAUAUCGAUUUAAAGAUUAUUUGUAAAUUUUGAUAUGUAGUAUUUAUCUAUCUAUUACAACUAAAGACUUUUCACUUGAAUUCCUUGUUCCGCAUAUAGCAAGUCGCUAUAUACAUCGCUGAUUUACAAUUUUGCACCUGUGUUGCGCCUUUGACAAACGCGUGACAUUCGAGUUUAAUUCGACAAUUCGUGCCGGAGAUAUUCGAGAUAUAAAUAUGUAAACUUUACUUCUUUUUUCGAGUAAAUUUUACGCAUCCCCGUGUAACGAGGGAGAAUACCAGCGAAUCAAAAUGGUAGCAAACUUUAUUCGUGAUCACGCGUAUAUACAGGACCGUGUGUAAAAUAAUCAUUUGUCCUGCCGAACGGUCGUAUUUUUUGUACACGUUUACGUCAAAUCGCAUCCAAAUUAAAAAUACAAAGAGGGAUCUUCGAAGGAAGUAAAUAGUACAAAUAAACGCUCAUACAUUCCUCCACGAUGCAUAAUAAACGUUGCCAAACUUUACGCGGCUUCCGGCCUUCACGAUAGCAGUCGCGUGACUCGUUCCGCGUCUUGCAAUUGCGUUAAUCGUGAAACUAAUGAUAAUCGCCGCGAUUAUUCCAAUUAAAAGUACGUAGCACACGUGCGAUAGUGGACGCAUGAUUUGAUUGCGAAUGUCUAUGGCGAAAGUUGAUUUCAAUGGCUGUAUUUGAAAUGAAUUUAUGUGACGUCUACCACCUGUUUAUAUUGUAUUGUAAUAUAGUAACAUUAUAUAAAAAUAAAAUUACUGUAUAUGUUA